AGCAGAUCAUAGAUUAAACAUGCAGAAGUCUUUGAGUGUGUCCUCUGAGAGCUCCCUCCCUCCACCGGACGAGGAUGUAGACUCGGUCUGUUCUGACGACCUGAUGGGCUCUCAGUCUCGUCGCUGGCUGGCGGAUCUUCGGUCCGAGGACAUCGUGGACCACGGAUCAGGGAACACCUUCGGCCGGGAUGGACUGUUCGUGGACUAUGGUUUCCCCCUUGGGGAGCUGGAGAUGCACUCCGGGGUCAAGUGGAAACGACCAAAGGAGCUCUGUGCAUCACCUCAGUUUAUAAUUGAUGGAGCUUCGCGUCUGGAUAUCUGCCAAGGGAAACUCAAUGACUGCUGGAUACUUUCUGCUAUCGCGUCUCUCUCUUUGCAUCCAUGUCUGCUGAAAAAGGUCGUACCUCCAGGACAGACCUUCCAGGACGGAUACAAUGGCUGCUUCACCUUCAGGUUCUGGCAGUACGGUCAGUGGGAGGAGGUGAAGAUAGACGACUUGUUGCCGACUCAGGACAACAACCUUAUCUACCUCAGAUCCCCAAACAAACUUGAAUUUUGGAGCCCCCUGCUGGAGAAAGCCUAUGCCAAGCUGAAAGGUGGCUACAGAGCACUGGACAUGGGCUUCCCUCAUGAGGCCAUGGUUGAUAUGACAGGUGGGGUAGGUGAGGUUUUGAGCAUUGCCUUGCUGCCCCGACACCUUCCAGCCGUCAUUAGACAGCUGCUGGAUAAAGGAGCACUUGUUAACUGCGGCUCAAGCCAGGGUCCACUGGAGCAGAGGAAUGAAUUUGGGAUCAUGUUCAGGCAUGCUUAUUCGGUGACUGCAGUGGAGAAGGUGAAGACGUCUUAUGGCCCCGUGGAUUUGGUGCGAAUCCUCAACCCAUGGGGCAACACAGAGUGGGAGGGUCCGUGGAGCGACUUUAAAGGCCCAGAGUGGAGCACAGUGAGCGCCGAGGAGCAGAAGAGACUGGGGAGAGUCAGCCGGGAGGACGGGGAGUUCUGGAUGUCUAUUUCAGACUUCCGGCAGAACUUUGACGUGAUGGAAGUUUGUCACCUGAUUGAUGGUCUCGAGGAACCAGGCGCCAGCCAGCAUUCAUGGUGCUGCACAAUGCAUCAUGGGGCCUGGGUGCCUAACAUCUCAGCAGGAGGCUCGCCCAGAGGCGGUUGGUUUUGGCAGAACCCUCAGUUCCAGUUUGUCUUGUCAGAAGUGGACAGUGAUUCAUCCAAUUCUCAGAAGACCUGCUCUUUCAUUUUGGCUCUGAUGCAGAAACAGCGGGGGCGCAGGGGCAAUAACCUGCCUAUAGGCCUGCAUAUAUAUCCGGCCCCUCCGAAGAACACACACCUGUCGCCUGAGGAAUUGAGGGUGCUACCGCCGGUCCUCAGCAGCCAAACUUACUUCGCACGUCGGGAGAUUGUUCUCCGCCACUCCCUUCCACCUGGUCGUUACAUCAUCAUCCCCUCUACCUCCGAACGCAAUCAGCAGGGAUCAUUUCUCCUCCGGGUGCUGACAGAGCAGGGCAACACUGCCACUCCAGCUCAGAAACCAGCAACAGACGUCCCUUCAACAACAGAGACUUCAUUUCCUCACCAGGCUGCUCUUCCUUCGCCUCAAUCUACGAGACGUCUGUUUAAGAAGCACUGCAACAAGAAGGGAUUUUGCAAACCAGCGCACCUCCUGGAACUACUGACAGAGGCCAUACGGGGAGGAGUGUUAGCCGGCAGUGAGAAGUGUUUGGCUCUGGAGCACUGCAAGAGCCUGGUGGUUCUCAUGGAUACCCAAGGCAUCGCUCAGCUAAACUGGAUGGAGUUUCAGAUUCUGUGGGACAAGAUCAGGAAGUGGACGGAUAUCUUCCUGACGUUUGACAAGAAUAAAACCAAAUUCCUCGAGUAUCGAGAGGUUGCCCCCGCUCUGAAGGCAGCUGGGAUUGUGGUGGAUGAUUUAGUGAUGCAGCUGGUCGGACUGAGAUACACAGAGCCAGACUUGACAGUCAGUUAUCCCGGCUUCUUGUACCUGCUGAUGAAACUGGAGAGCAUGAUCCAGAAAUUUCAAGCGUAUGAUAUGGUGGGAAUGGGAACUGUAACCAUCAGCUAUAGACAGUGGCUCCACAUGACCAUGUACAACUGACCUGACCCACUCCGACGCUUCGCCAGGAUUUCCUUUAUAGUAUUUUUUAAUGAAUGAUUUUUAUUGUGUAGUGUUAAUAUUUCGAAUGAAUUAAAAUGAUUUUUACAGAAUAGUUCAGCAGCAAACAGGAAAAAGAGGAUUUGAAGAUUUUUUAUGCCAUUUUUCCUCUUAUACAUUGUCAUCGUAUAGUCAAACAGUAACAGAGGAAAUGGAAACAUCUUUUAAGAGCCCUUCAGUUGUGGAAACAUCUGGUGUCAACGGUCAAAGCAGGAUGAGCAAAGCGGAGUUUAUGAUUCACUGUGUUAGUGAAAAUUUAAUAUGGUGCCUCGUCCUUAAUGUAACAUUUCUCAGCCUAAGUUUGGGAUAUAAGACCCUCUACUUCCACUCUAAUAUGCUAAUUUAAAAUAAGCUUUAUUGUUCAACACUGACAUUGGCUCUUUUUGUUUAUUGAUCCAUAAUUAGAGCUUCAGACAACACUUAGAUUCAUACCAAUUAGUCAAUCAGUUGAUUUAUCAUUUAGUCGACUCAACAUUUCAGCAUUUUUUAGAAAACAGUACUUGACAACAUGCAGGAAUGAGUUUAAAGUUUAAAGCUAAAAGGCCAAAUUAAGGAAUCAUCCAUUAAUCUUAAAGAUGUCUGAGAUGUGUUUGUAAAAAAAUGUAUGUAGUGAUUUUGAACUCAUUACUUGAGUUUCUUUCUGACUUUUUUCAAGGAUAAUGCUUGAAUAAAGAAUAUAGAGGUCAAAGUGUGUGAAGUCCUUCUUCUCCAGUUUGUUUUAACCCUUUAUCAGGGUUAUUAGGUAACCACCGUAAACAUCCAAAAUAGCUUCCCCAUGCCUCU